AAAGAAACACUUCCAGCAUCGAAAGUUUGCACAUAGCGAAGCAGAAAGAAGCGAGAAAUGGAGGAAGAAAAAUAUUUAGAUCAGCCGAAAGAGAAGAAGAGUGCGUUCGUUAUAAACAUCCCAUCAUACCAAGAAGUCAUCGAUAACUCUCAAUCCAAAUCCAAACCCUCUCUCUUCAACCCCUCACCCUCCUUCUCUCAAGCCUUCAAUUUCGUCAAAAACUCCGAAUUCUACACUCCUCCGCCACCGCCUCCUUCCUCCGCCGCCGACACCUCUUCGAGGCAAAUUGGUCGACCGGAGAUUGUGUCGUCAUCGACAUCGGUUUCAACUACUACUGCUGCUGCUUCGUCAUCGUCUUCGCAUAGUGCUCAAAAUCGUAAUGCCAUUCUUGUAAGUCAUAGACAGAAGGGAAAUCCUUUGCUAAAGCAUAUAAGGAACGUGAGAUGGGCUUUUGCAGAUAUUAUUUGUGACUACUUGUUGGGGCAGAGCACCUGUGCUCUUUAUCUGAGUCUUCGGUAUCACCUUCUUCAUCCAGACUACCUUUACUAUCGAAUAAGAGAAUUGCAGAAGAACUUCAAGCUUCGUAUUGUUUUGUGCCAUGUUGAUGUUGAGGAUGUAGUUAAGCCUUUACUUGAAGUCACGAAAACAGCUAUGCUUCAUGAUUGCACCCUUUUAUGCGGUUGGAGCUUGGAAGAAUGUGGUAGGUACUUGGAAACCAUAAAAGUUUAUGAAAACAAGCCUGCCGACAUUAUUCAGGGGCAAACAGAUACAGACUAUUUAUCACGGCUUACGAAUGCUUUAACUACAGUCCGACAUGUUAACAAGACUGAUGUGGUCACCCUUGGUUCUACAUUUGGGUCCCUUUCUCACAUCAUGGAUGCCUCUAUGGAAGAUCUAGCUCGUUGCCCUGGCAUAGGAGAGCGCAAGGUAAAACGUCUGCAUGACACUUUUCAUGAACCAUUCAAGCGAGUUCUUCCCAGCCGCCCUUCUGUUCCAGAAACUCCUGGCCAGAACAACGUUGAACCUCACUUGGUGAGUGAGGGAAAAGAAGAUGACAAGGAAGCUGAGGAAACAAGCAAACGCAGUAAGAAAGAACCAGAAUUGAACAUUAAAUUAGCUUUGUCUGCUGCUUUUGCCAAGUUUUCCGAUAAAAUUGGUAAAAAGGACAAUAGAUCACAAUGUGAAAAGGGUGAAGAUACCAGUGUUUCCGUGGACGCAAAUGCAAAGAACAAGGAUAUCAGUGAAGAUGCUGUAAGUUGACUUAAGCUAACCUUAAACAUGGAGAUAAGAUAGAUGGAGAUUCUACUGCUUUUGAGUUUUUGCAUUUGGGAAGAGAAUGGAUAUAGGCAAGUUGUACCCUCCUCAGAAUAGCACAGUGAACAAGUUUGUUUAUGUUUCUAGGAAUUUUUUUGAUCUUCGUCUUCUUCUCUCUCCAAAAUUUGUUCAGAUUGGGAUCUUUCAUGGAUUACUAAUUCUGCAGUGAGCUUUUUUGUAAUAUAUCUUCUUUUGUGUCAAAGUAAUUGGAAAGCUCUUGAACCUAA